UUCGCAGUGUUCGCACUUGUCGCGCAAUCGAAAACCAACCAAAGUAAAAUAACGGAAUUAAAUAGCAGCCUAUUGAAAUCGUUAAUCGAGAACUCGCAAAUGUCACAACGUUCGAUGCGCCGUGGACCCUUUGCCAGGGGUGGGCUGUUGCUCGCCGCGCUCCUGUGGCUCGGCUUGGGGCAGCAGCUGCCGCUGGCCGCCGGCGGCUCGUGCCGGGAGGCGCAGCUCUGCUGCAACGGACGCGACUCCUCGUGCGUGGUGCAGAAGGCGCCGGUUAACGCGAUCAUCGAGGAUCUGAGCGACAAGCCCUGCUACUGCGAUCACGCCUGCCUCAAGCUGGGCGACUGCUGUGACGACUUCAAGGAUCACUGCGGAGUGCUGGACUGCCAGGUGGGCGAGUGGGCGGCGUGGAGCGAGUGCGACAAGAGCUGCGGACCUGGAAUGAUGACGCGCACGCGCCAAAUCCUGCAGGCGGCCCAAAACGGCGGCAAGCAUUGCCCCUCGCUGCUCCAGAAGCGCGCCUGCCAGGGCUAUCGCUGUCACGGCCAUCGCGAUAAGAAGAUUUUGCGCGGUGAGAACAACAGCUGA